GCUCACCGUUUUCAUGGUGCUUUUUAGCGUAUGUGUGAAAUCGUGCGUGUGUGUGUGUGAGUCGUGUUUGUUGAGCAGCGGUUCUCGCCGAGGUUUCUCUCAAGUUCUCACGCAAACCGAGCAAGAUGGGACGAAGAUCCAUAAACACCACGAAGAGUGGGAAAUACAUGAACCCCACGGAUCAAGCAAGAAAAGAAGCUAGGAAACGAGAACUCAAGAAGAACAAAAAGCAGCGUCAGAUGGUGAGAGCGGCUGUACUGAAAGGGAAGGAUCCACAGCAGCUGAUCUCAGACCUGCAAAGAAUCGACGAAAUGGAAUACAAUGUGGACAACCCACCGGUAUUGAGCGAGAAAGUUCUUCGGGACAAGCGGAAAAAGCUGAGAGAGACGUGGGAUCGUGUGCUUCGGCUCUACCAAAAGGAAGACCCGGAGCACUUCUCGGACCUAAAGAAGAUGGAGCUGGAGUAUGAGGACAAGCGGAACACACUCAUCAAGUACUAUGAGUCGGUCAAGUUUGCCCAGCAAGUGGAAAUUGACCAGAUUCCUCUGCCAAGUGCACCGAGUACCCCGCAAGUUGCCCCUUCGCUAAUCCCACUUCCUGUCGACGUGCCAUCUAUACUGAAGAAGCCUCCCCUUGACCCCUCGGCAAAGGCGCCCGGCGUGCCACCCGGACCACCUCCGGAGCUGUCGGACGAUGACGACGAUGAAGAAGAGGAGAACGAGCCCCCUGCUACUAACGUGGAGAACGUGCCUGAAGAGAAGGAUACAACGGCUCCCGUAAAGCCACGCAAGAUUCGAUUCGCCGAUGAAGGCCCCGACCGUCCUCCUGGUGUUGACGACGAUUCAGAUGUCACCGAGUUCCUCAAAGAGGUUGAAAAAACUCACAGAGAAGCCAUGCCACCCCCUAUACCUCCGCCGAUGCUUUUCCGGCACCCUCCUCCGGGCAUGCCACCGCCGUCGCUGCCUCCGUUAGGCGGUCCUCCGAUGGGCCCACCCCCGAUGCGGAUGGGGCCGCCUCCGCCACGCCCACCACCGCUCAUGCGGCCAGCACCGUCAGUACUGUCGGCUCCACCCAGCCUCAUUUCGCGGCCCCUGCACGGGCCCGGCUCCGCUGCGGAUGGGGAGCAGCAGCGACCAGGAAGCGGUGCCACCAUCGAGGCCAAGCCACAGCUGCGCAACCUCAGUGCAGACGUCAUGCGCUUCACACCCACUUCGUUGCGGGUCAAGAGGGAUCUAGCCAAGAGGGCCACCAAAGAUGUUCCCACGGCACCUACAGUGUCGUCUGUGGCGGCACCCACGAAGGACGACGCCUACGAGCUCUUCAUGAAGGAAAUGGAAAACCUCCUCUGAAUUCCACCACACGCAUUGUAAAUAAACUUAUCUUCGUCACGGUCUCAAAA